AUGAAUAACCUCAAAGAUCUCCCUUCCAAAGCCAUGGACUUCAUGUUCUCAAAUGAACCUCGUCCUGGCUUGCAUCCUAUCCCAGGCACAGAGCCCAUUCGGAUCGAGGCUCUCAUCCUGCCGCCGUUGAUGUACUACGUUGCGCUGCUGUUCCUUCCACCAGCGCCACCCCAAGCAGUUGAUACUGUGGCCUUCAAGACGCUCCGAAAUGGGCUGGCUAUUCUUGCUGGGAUCUUGUUCUUCCGAUUACCGUUGGCUUACCAUAUCCCACAGAGCAUUGGUCUCAACUACCAACUCUCGCUCGUAGGUAUCUAUGGCGGAUGUCGAGUAAUCGACGUCUUCUUCAUCGGGCCGUACCUGUUCAACCACAUCCCCCGCCGCGUGCGCUAUGAGCAUCGGCCCCGUGUCGAAACGCCCGCAGCCAUCGACAAGAAGGAAGACCCAAUGGACAAAUUCUCCCAACCGACCACCAGCAAAAAGCGUGUCGGGUUCGCUGACAGUUCUCCGACCCCUUCAUUCUGGGACCGAAGGCCCUCCCUUGCGUUAGACGACUACAUGCCAGCAUCCGCCGCCGACGCUGCAAACACAGCAAUGGGUCAUCUAACCACCGCAAUGAACGGUCCACGCAUGCAGCCCGUCUACGAAGUCGGCACCCCCGAAGACGGCUGGCCCCACACUUUCCACGACCGCGCGAGCUGGGCUCUCGAGCUCGAACUCAGCAUGCGUGGCAUGGGCUUCACCUGGACCACCGCAGACGUCCGUCACACCAAUAAAACAUGGCUUCCCACGGUCCACAACCGGCUCCACAGCAUCGCUACCCACGUCGUCCCCGUCAUGCUGCUCUGUCUCUUCACCAUCCGGGACAUCUACACCACCCACGUCCUUCCCUCCGCGUCGGCCCCAUUCGAUUCCGCCUCCGCCUUCGACGAGCGAUUAAGCCUGCCGAACCAACUCCUCCUCACAGCCACCCUAGGCGCAUUUCUAAUGGUCGCCUUCUCCCUCGCACACUCCCUCUUCGCCAUCGUCUGCGCCCCGCUCUCGCCGUCCCCCUUCGCCUUCUUCCCUCCCCUUUACACCACGAGGAUCUGGAGCAUCACCUCCGUCCGCGGAUUCUGGAGCUACGGCUGGCAUCGUCUUUUCGCGCGGCUAUUCCUCGUGUACGGCGUUUGGCCGGGUCAGUGGCUCGAGCGGAAGCUGCUGGGGAAGAGGGGGGACGAGCCGGCGGAUGUGGGGAAAGUGGUGGGUGGGUUUUUGAGCAGUGCUGUGGUGCAUUCUUUUAGUGUGAGGAGUGUGCUUGCGGGUGAGUGGGGGAGAGCUAAGGGAGAGGCGGUGUUCUUCGCCAGUAAUGGUGCAGCGGUGGUGGUGGAGGAGGUUGUGGCGAGGGCUGUGGUGGAAUUGAGGAGGCGGUUGGGAGUCAAGGAGGGGCAGUGGUAUGAUGGGGUGGUGGGGAGGGUGUGGUGGAUUGCGGUGUUAUUGUUCAGUGGGAGGAAUUUUGCUAGGGGUUGGGUGGAUGCUGGGUUGGUUCGGGAGAUGGCUGGUUAUUGA